AGUGUGUUUCUAACGGAAGGAAGACGGAAACCCGCGAAGAAGAAACACCGCGAAGAAGAAACGCCAUCAUGUCUAAAAGAAAAGUUACGUUUGAAGAUGGUAACGGAGAGUUUGACCUGGAAGAAGACGUCCCGAAUAAAAAGCAGAGUUGUGAAGCUGUGAGUGGGCCUGGGUCCAGAUUCAAGGGGAAACACUCCCUCGACAGUGACGAAGAGGAUGAAGGCGAGGACACAAACAGCAGCAAAUACGACAUUCUAGCGAGCGACGAUGUGGAAGGUCAAGAAGGAGCUACGAUCGAUUUCGAUGAGGGCGUUUCCAUCACGCCUUUCAAUCUGGAGGAGGAGAUGCAGGAGGGACACUUCGACUCGGAGGGAAACUAUUUCAUCAAAAAGGAAGAGCAGAUCAGAGACAACUGGCUCGACAACAUCGACUGGGUGAGGAUUAAAGAACAGCCUUAAAAGAAGAAGAAAGGUCUCGGAGCCAAAAGGACCCGCAGAGCCGGAGACGAAGAUGAGGCCGAGGAAGAAAGGCAGAGAGAAGAGAAGCAGGCCGCUCAAGAUGGAGACGAGGAAGACGAAGAGGAGGAGGAGGAGAAGGAGCCGGUGGAGGAUCCUCUGGCCUCCUACACGCAGCAGCAGCUCCUCGAAGCUGUGAUCGAGCUCUUACAGCCCGGGGAGACCGUCGCGACGGGGCUCCGCCGGUUAGGAGGCCUCGGCGGACGGAAGAAGGGCAAACUGAGGGAGGAGAGUGAAUCCACGGAGGAAACCAAAAGGGACACGGAGAAGCUGGACAAGCUCACAGCGCUCGCAGACAGGCUGGUGGGAUCGGGCAUGUUUGAAAUCUAUCAGCACACCGUGGAGAAACUGUCGUAUCUGUUGAAGAACACGAGCAGCCAGAAGCCGGCGGUGAAGCUGGAGGAGGUGGACGAGGAACUCGACAUGUUCGGUGAUAAGUUUGACGAGACGGCUGUGAUUAAAGUGGAGGUGAAGAAGGAAGAAGAAGAAGACAAUGAGCACGAUGAUGCUGCCAACAAUACCGCUGGAGAAAACGUCUCGAGCCAACCUGUGGAAGCCUCUUCCACACAACCUCUAACAGUGAGUGACCAGGUGAUGUGGGUGUACAAGUGGGAGAACACGGCGAGCUCGGUCAUCUACGGACCCUUCACCAGCCAGCAGAUGCAGGACUGGGUGGACGACGGCUACUUCAGCAGCGGGGUUUACUGCAGGCGGGCGGAUCAGGAGGGCUCUCAGUUCUACAACUCCAAGAGGCUGGACUUCGAGCUCUACACGUGAUCUGGCUCCAUGUCCCGGUUCAGCCAAAGGGUUCAUGUAUCAUAUUUUUAAAUGAAUAACGAUAACAUGUCUGUGGUCUUAUAGGGAUUCAUUUGGUUUGAUUUUGUGAGAAAACACUGAGCGACUGACGCACACGGAUGUGACUUAAAAACCAAGAGUGAUCAGUUCUCUUCUGUGCGUCGUGUCUGCAGAAUUUUAAAAGUAAUUACCUUGAGAACCGGACGUUUUCAUCGCAAUCAGGAAAUUAAAAUGCUCAGUUUUAGCCCUGCAGUUGACACUCAGUUGGACGAUUUAACAGUUUGUCAAAUGUGACUUUACUGAUUCAUUGUUUUUUUUUGCCUUAUAAUAAAUGGAAUAUUUUGUUUCAGA